UGAAGACACGCAGUACCUUGCAAACAAUGGGCAGUUUGCUUUUAACAGCACUCCUCUGUCUUCUAAAUGCUGCAGCUUUCAGACAGACAGACAGACAGAGAGAGAGAGACAGAGAGAGUUGAAAGGGGCCUCCAAGGCCAUUGAGUUCAACCCCCUGCGCAAUGCAGCAAUCCAACUUAAAGCAUACCCGAAAAGCGGCUGUCCAGCUACCUCUUGAAGGCCUCCAGGGUUGGAGGACCCACCAUCUCCCUAGGUCAUUGGUUCCAUUGUCAUACCGCUCUUACAGAAUAGACUCCGUGAACUGUGGAAAGCUGCGGGAUCCACCAAGACGGUGCCCCUUGAGGACCAGGUGCAUCCAUACUGUCCUGGGGACUUUGUCUGGGCAAAGAAAUUUGUGAGGGGCGAUUCUUUGCAGCCAAGAUUUACAGGACCACAUCAAGUCCUUUUAACUACACAAGCAGCCAUCUUCCUGGAAGGACGGAAGUCGUGGAUACAUCAUUCCCACGUAAAGCCUGCUGUGGUAGCGGCACCCCCCCCCAGGUCCCCAAAAUACGUUUGCAGAGGAACGAAGAAACAGGCCAGUGGCAGGCAGCCCAACUCCCUUUCCAGGACGCAGACAUCGAGUAAACAUCAACGCAGAAAUGCCCCGGCAAGGAUGGAGGAUGCCUGCCUACUUGUGGGUUGUGGGUGUUUUGAUUCAUCAUGCCUGGCCCCUAUGUUGCCCCCCCAAUGUGAAAGUAUGCAGUGACAAUGACUAUUACUAUCUGAAAGACUUCGGACGAACAAUUCCGAAAACACAGGACUGUCCAGAUCCCUUCCUGUAUGAUGUGGACCAGAUAAAGGAAGGAAUGGUGAAGGCUGACAUAGCGGGACGGUUAUGUCAUAAAGCGGCUGUUAUAUUGCAACACAAUUAUACAGGCAGCUGGGUAGUACAUUGUAUCCGUGUGGAAAUUGAGUGGCCCAUCAGACUCGCACUUCGGUGCAGACAAUAUCGCCCUAUGCCUAACUAUGGUUGUCCCCCUAAUGUGGAUAUAAAGUCCAUAAGAUCAGAGUAUAACAUGCUUACUUUUCAAACACAAGAUAAUAGAAUUACUUUUCAGCUCAGGACAACAGAAAAACAGAAGUUUUGUGUGGGUAUCGGUAUACCAUCUUGCUAUGCGUGGCUGAAUGAUAAACUGAGCGCUCAGAAACCCGUACAGAAGCAGGUAACACGGGAUACACAAAACAUAAAGACAUUAGGAGGGUUUAAACAAAGAAAUACUAAGAUAGGUGAUGGGUGGGAUGGAAAUACGUUUGUUGCCUUCAUGGAAGAAACAGCUCCUAAGAAGGGCACUUGUUAUGUCUGUGCACACACACCACCACAUGGACAGGCUGGAGUCCCCUUGACUGGGGCCCCUUUGCCAUUGAAAGAAUAUCUUUCCUUUGCCUCACAUUCCGGCUCACAGGAACUAGAAGGGGGGCUGGUACUAAGCUGGUACCCAUCGCCAGAUCAGUCUGUGUAGGCAGCGGAAGCCAGCCAACGGGUGGGAUGAUGUGUGAUGGCUUGAUUUACUCUACAAACCCGGGUAAUUGGACAUUUUUAAAUGGAACACACAGAGCAGAGGGCUUGACUUGGUUAUCCAUCUGGCAGCAUCUGUUGCGGCUGACUUUUGCAGACCAUCAUCUGGUGCCUUUCCUCACGGACUUAGUGGACCACCAAACCCCAGCUGGACUCUGGUGGCUUUGUGGACACUCAGCGGUAAGGAAACUACCAGUAUCAGGCUCUUGGACCUGCACUUUGGGAAGGGUGGUGCCAGGGCUCCGGGUUUCCCCCACACUGCCCACUCUGCGCCGCCGCAACAAGAGAGGCACAGGGGAGGCAGUACUGAGAGGAUUUUUUCCAAUGUAUGGUGCAGCCAAAACAUACCAGGAACUCAUAGAACUUUCACAAGCCUUUGAACGUUUUAUGAAUGAUUCGGCUAUUUCCUUUUCAGAUCUUACAAAUGAACAAGGACAAAUUAGAACUGUAGUUUUGCAAAACCGGCUCGCCUUGGACUUUUUAUUGAGCUCUCACAGGGGGGUCUGUUCGUUAAUAGGGAGUGAAUGUUGUACCCAUAUUACGGACAGUAAAGCUGACGUCAUCAAACACAUUAAUGAUAUCGGAAACAUUUAUCAUGAGGUAGAGCGCAUUGGGAACUUCUCUUUGUUCUCUGGGUUUUCUGACUGGUUUUCUGCAUGGCCUGACUGGCACAAAAUUAUAUUUUACAUUGUUAUGGUACUUGCUUUGUUGAUUUCUGUUUGCUGUUGUUUGCAAUGUAUUCCUAAUUUGAUGCAAUUGGCCUCGGUCUGUUUGGGCAAGCUCACACUGUCCUUUUCCCGAAAACCACAACCGACUUACAUGGAAAUGGCUUUGAGACCGAUUUGGCAACCCAAGCAAGGAAAUACAGCUACCUGAGAGACUAGUCAGUCUCUCAGGGCUGAAAGGGGGUACUGUUAGGGAUAAAUUGAAACCCCCCAGUGCUUGCAAAACUAUAAUUCACUUGUCCUACCUAAACCAGCUUGGGCUUCACAGGAAAUAGAACCAAAGUGGCCUUUAUUUGACUUUUGAUAUAAAAUGUCGGUUUAUUUCCUGGUGACCUGACCCUUACCUACAUUCCAGUGGCUCGCAUAAUAAAAGCCGGUUUAAGCUGGAAACUUCCCUACUAUGCAUUUCUGUAUCACAUUUAUGCUUAUGGCCUUGCUUUUAAUGUGCCUUGCAUAGGAAUGUCAAACGCUAUUCCAAUGCCCCUCAUAUCCUUGACUUGUAAUACUCCUUUGAUAUGUAAGCAAAGUAAUAUCAUGUCUGUCUCCAGUUUAGGGGGCGCCCGGUUGCAGCUGGGCCUCCCCUCAAUAGUUGCCUUUGUCUGUUCCUGCAUAGUGCUUAUCUCAAGGACAUGCGAAAUAUGCAGACAUAGAGUCUAAGAGAUAAUCUUGAUGUUUCCACUUUGUCCUUCCCCCUGUACCCCUUUACCUCCUUACAUAUGUCCCAAAGCUAUGACAGUUGGCAAUUGCUUCUUUUGUAUCUUAUGACGUGAACCCGAUAUUGUAAACUUCGGGGUAAGCCUAUAUAAACUCUUGAACACCAAUAAACGAGGUUCCCAUGCUGGCCUGCUU